CGUCAGUGGUCUCACUAUUACGCAGUUUCCUCUUCUUCUCACAAGUCUUAACAAUGGAAGCGUCAGCGGCACCAAACGAGUCCGUUCAAUGCUUCGGGCGCAAGAAGACCGCCGUGGCCGUCACCUAUUGCAAGCGUGGUAGGGGCCUAAUCAAGAUCAAUGGCUGCCCAAUUGAACUGGUGGAGCCCGAGAUCCUCCGGUUCAAGGCUUACGAGCCCAUCCUCCUCCUUGGACGCCAUCGUUUCGCCGGUGUCGACAUGCGUAUUCGCGUCAAGGGUGGUGGGCAUACCUCGCAAAUCUACGCCAUCCGCCAGAGCAUAGCUAAAGCUCUCGUGGCCUUCUAUCAGAAGUUCGUGGACGAGCAGAGUAAAAAAGAGAUCAAAGACAUUUUGGUUAGGUACGAUAGGACUUUGCUUGUGGCUGAUCCAAGGCGCUGUGAGCCCAAGAAGUUCGGUGGUCGCGGUGCUCGUGCCAGGUUCCAGAAGAGUUACCGUUAAAGUUGGAUUUUUAUGUUUUAUGCUUCUGUGAUUUUCAAGAAUGUUUUGAUGUUAUGUGUUUUGGGAUCUUACAACUAAAAUGUUAAUGGGUUCUUUCAUGGGUUUCUCUUGGUGGAUCAAGUUCUUAAAUUUUGUUUUCAGGAUAAUUUAAUCUUUGUAGCUAGUUUAUUAAACGCAUCAUAUUCUCAUA